CAAUGAUGUCAACCAGCCGGACAACAAAUAAAGCCAUUUUCGUGGCUAAACAUUAGCACCACCGUUCAUUUGCAUUCAUUUUUCCAACCACUCCUUUGUCAUGUCAUGCCGCUGUGUGUACGUGUGUGUGUGUGCGCUCAAGACCAAACGAAUAAGCCCAACAAAAUUUACCAAGAGCUGAGUGCAAAUUUUUCAGUCGUGUUCGUGUAAUCGUCGUGAUAAGUUGUUAAAAAGUUUCAAAUCAAAACUGAUUGUCGAACCACCAACGAGCGCGUCCAACAAAUAGAAAAUUAUUGGAAUUUUCUUCUCUUUGUAAAAAAAUUUCCAUAGCAAGAAAAUUGUUGUUGUUUUUGUUGCUUCGAGCAAAAGAAGAAAUAAAAAAAAACGCAUAUACCCAAAGAAGAAAAAAGAGAAAAAAUAAUUACUUGACCUUAAGCACAAGAAAUUAAUUUUUUUUUUAAACACAAAUUAAGCGAAAAUCUAUCAAAGAAGACGAAGAAGUGACAAACAUAACGGUACAUACAUGAAUUAACGGUGUGUUGUUGGUGUAUGUGUAUAUUCUUCCUGUAGAUGAAAGUUAUUGUUUUUAAUACCUCAACCCAGCCAUGUGUGUUAAAAUACAUGAACGUUAACUUAUUACGAAAAUAAUACCAAAAAAGUAUAUACCUAUAUCUAACUACGUGUUAUCUCCUCCCUUCGCCUCCUCUCUACAUGUAUAUACCUUACUAAUCCAAACCAAACCAAAAAAAAAGUAAAAACGAAAAAAGAUUACGCGACUAACAAAUAAAAAACCAAAAAGAGUUAAUUAAUGUUGUUAAUUGUUCGUUGUUUAACCCUCUAAGAGAGCAAAGCGUACCGCCUGCGUACCAUUUGCAGACCUUACCCAAUUCGAUCACAUUUGAAUUGUUAUUGUCUUGUGUUCUUGUCUUUCAAUUGAUUAGUUCAUCGUUGAGCAAUAAAACACUUCCUUAUGAUCGGCUCAUUUUGGAAUUUGUGUAGAGCGUGCCCAUCAAUGCCGGUUGACAAGCUCCACUCGGAGUAUAGGAGCACUUAUCGUUGGCAUGAGUUCACUGGUAAUUCAAGGCCAGAAGUGGUACGGCGAGCACCAGCGCCAAAUCCAAGUCAAUUUGUGGGUACAACGAAUGAGCCACCAUUACCACGCAGAAAAAAAUGCCCCGAAUUGGCCUACAAAUCGCACGAGUUCAUUAUAGGUUCCGAAUACACAGAUGCGCGUAACAAUGCCGCCAACCGCAUGCCCAGAUCGGAAGAACGAAAUGGCACACCUUCGCGCCGCAGCAAAUCUGAGGGUCCCCCAGCUGUGCCCAACGGACGGGCGUUUGCUAUCCCAACGGAAGUGGAUGGACCGGAAACUAAACAGGCGGGUGAGUCGAAUGGCCUAUUCAAAAAGACCAUCUCAAAGUUGAGCACAGAGUAUCGUUUGCAAUUCGUUUGGCCCAAUGUACGUAGAAUACGAGAUCAAUCUGGGUCAAGCGUCCAAAGAACAACAGCAACAACAACAGCCAAAGAACAGCAACAGCAAGAAUUCCAACCGAAAAAAUCGAUAUCGUUGGGUGCGAUUCGAGGCCAACAUGGCUAUCAACAGCACCAACCAGAUCUUUCCCGGCUGGCUGCAAUGCCAUCUGUUCACAAAAAACGUACAACCAACCAGAAAGAAGCCACGCUACAUGAGUUGGAGCCGCUGGUUAGCGAUGCCGAAGAUAGAAAACCGGUUGAAAAACAAGUAACUAUACAGGAGAGAAAGGUUACCACCCGACCCUUCUCCCAACUGAUUGACCAGGAGCGACCCAAUCACUUCAUUACGAAGAAGGAGAACUUCGGUUUCGAGGAGGUAACCGAUGGCGACAAUAAGCGACAGCAUGCCAAGCAGGAGGCUGAGAUCAUCAUGAACGGCUCGGCUCCGCCACAUUCGAAACCGAACUUGGAUUUGUGGUUCAAAGAGGUAGUAGAGUUGCGUAAAAAGGCUGGAGAAUACAAGUCUCGUGGUUGGGGUACUGAAAUCGAUCCUGAACUGUAUAACAAACAAAAAGAUCUGUGGGAUCAGGUAUCGAAGCGUAGCUCCCUUUCGUCGCUUUGUUUGGCCUCCACCAUGCAAAGACCCAUUACCAAAGAGGAGAAAGAACAGGAAAACAAUAAGAAAACCACUCCUGUUUCGAAACCCCAAAAGCCUAGAGUUCCUGGACAGGCUUAUAUCUUGGAUAACAAAGAUGAACCCAAUGCACUGCCAGCACGUUUUAGUCAUAUACGUCAUCAUUUGGAACGCACCACUGGACCAGAUGUUGAAGAGGGCGCCCUACUGCCUUCCCCCACCCGGGAGAAAUUGAUGCCUGCUAUCACCAAACGUGAAUCUGAAUCUCAAAGGGGUAGCCCCAAGAAAACAGCAGCCUCUCGUCAUGGUUCGCCCCAAAAGGGUAGUCCACAAAAGGGCAGUCCCAAGAAGGUGUUGAAAACACGCUCACAAUCGGUUGGCCCAGAACAUGAAUCGCCCAAACGACAAAUACGCUCGGCCAGCACAGCGCCCACAACUCGAUCGGCUGGCAAGAAAACUCCCACAGCUGCUGCCGGAGCGGCCACAAUUGCUGAGCGUAAAGCACGACCAUCUACCCUUUCCACUACAUUUCAUAAUCGUACGAAAAGUAGUUCAUUACCUCCUCCUAGCGGUAGAGCUCAUGCAAGUAAUGGCGCUACUGCUGCUGCUGCUGCAAGUCAUGCUGCUGCUAACGCUGUUGCCCAUAGCGCUAACAAUCAAUCACAGCAAUCAAGCAAAUCACCACAACUGGCUCAAAUGCGCAAAAGUGACAAAGACAAAAGAAACGCUGCCAAGCCACGCUCGAAAUCGUCUACAGCUGCUAAAGCGAAAUCACCUCAUUGUGUAGAUACGACUCAAAGCUCAAAACGAUCACCACCAUCGCCGCGCAUGGUGAAUUGCCACAUUGGUGGUCAUGAUGACGGUGUUGUUGUUGUUGGCCACAAGCCCAAUUUAUUGGCAUUAAAUCAAUUAGCGGUACCAAGUCGGGAUAAGAAAUUGGCUGAAAAUGAAGGCGAAGAUGGCCGUGACACUGCCAUUUCUGUAUCCAGCUGCAGUCCUCAACCAGCACCUGAGAUCCCCGACGAACCCAUUGUUAAGUCGCCUCCCGAGCCCACUCGCGUCAAGAGUCCUGAACAAAUCAUAAUGCGUUCACCAGAUCCAGUGAACUGGACCGUGCCACUGGACACAGGGAAAACAUUUACUGUCACACAAAAUGUCAAAGAAGGCGAAAACUACAGCAGACCACAAAGUGAAAUAAAAGCUUCUACGCCCGUUGAAAAGCCACCACCUCCACCUCAGUCGGCUCCACCAGAAUUGACUGAACAAGUCAAAAUGGACGCCUGGAAGAAUAAAAAGCCCAGCAACAACAACAACAACGAAGCAAAAUCGCCACAGAGCGCUCUAAGUCCUACAUCGUCGUCGUUGUCCUCGUCGACUGUAAACAAGAAACCCUUGCCAGGUUCAUCCAUACGCGUCCUGGAGGAUCCAUUGUUUGACGUUGAUGUCAUAAUGGCUUCCAGUGCUGCGGCCGCGGCUGCUGGUGCCAGCGGUGGUGGUGCCGCCGCUGCUGCCAAUUUGUCAUCAUCUUCGAAUUCAACAACAACCACAGCUUCAACAGCUCGUUCAACAGCUACCGAAGUGCUAGAAAAGGCUCGUGACCGUUUUGAUCGCUUCUGGGGCGGCAAUGUAACCAAGGAGGAAAGUGUCUAAGCUUGUAGUUAAGUGUCAUUUUAUUCUUAUGUUUCCUUUUGAGAGAAAAACCCAAAAAUCCAAAUGAAACUAGAGAAGAAACCAAAUCACGAAAAAGCAAUAAGAACAACAAGUAAAGAUCUACCAAGAAAAAGGAAAAGCUACUUUACUUUAAUUCCUCCGGUUUUUUAGAAAAAAAGUUAUUGUUUUUUACAUGAGAGUAAUAUCUUAGCACAGAGUAGGAGGAGACGAUAAAUCCAAGUAAUUCAAUUUCAUUCCAAUGUUUAUACUCGUACUGCAAGACAAAUAUAUUCUUAGGUUUUAGGAAAGAAACCACAACAACAAUGCUUUUACACUGGAUUGUUAUGUACAUCCAAUGCCGUGCCCCGCCCCGCCCAACUCCUGACAAAUAUCUUAUUUUUUAAGCUUUAGGCUAUGAGCUUAAAGUCAUUGCGUGUUAGACGUUUCACAAUACCGAAAAGAAAAAACAAUUUCUAUUCUAAGAAAAUAGCGUAUAAAGACCCCUCUAAAUUUUAAACGUGAGAUUUAUUUGUUCAAAAUUCAUUAAAAAAACAUCCAUUAGACUCCAUUUCGAUGUAAGAGAGGAGAGUAGUAGAGUGGAGGUGAGUUGAAAUGGGUGGGAUAAAACAUUGGUUAAUAUGGAAUGUAAUAUUAAUCGCUUUCCUUUGAAUAUUAAAUAUCAAAAGAGAGAGAGAGAAUGUGUACCAAGAGUAAAGAUUGUGAGAGCAGUAGUUCCAAAGUUAUCAGAAAAUGGUUAUAAUAAAAUAUAUUAUUCUUCAUAAAAUGGAGGUACUAAUACUUUACAGUGUGCGACACUUAAUAGGUUUUCUAGAAUAGGUCAUAAUACCGAUGUCGUGUGGUUGCGCACUGAGACUUAGGAACCUUAGGAAUUUUCUCUCGAUUUCCAAUUGCCGUUAAUUGCAAAUGCAGUGUUCAGCAAGCAGUCUGCCUCAUUGGUUGCCUUGAAUCAUAGAUGGACACAUAAUGAAAGAGAUAUGCUUAAAUUAUUUUAUGGUAAACAUUACCAUCAUUCUCCACUAAUAAACAAACGUUGUUUUUAUGGAAACGCCAAUAAUGGGAUUAAGCCAAACCAUUUCGCAACAACAAAAUACUAUGGUAUCUCAAACAAACAUGCCAACACUGUUUUAUUUUAUGAAAACAAUUGUUGAAAAUUGUUCGUAUAUGUCUGCUUGGUCGUGUUUUACUCACUUAUAAUAAGAGACAGCAACGCUAGCAUGCAUACUUGCCCAUCUAUGUUAAAUAUAUCUAAGAGAGAAAGAGGCAAUAGAUAAAUAUCAUUAACAGUAACUACUCUUACUACUCAAGUGUAAGGAGUUAACAUGUGUUUCUUCACACAUCCACAAUAACGGUCAGAGCAUAGAAUUAUGAGUAUUAGAUAGAAAGAGAAUGUAGUAAGGUGUAGAGAAUCACCUACACAAAAGUACAAUAUCUUAAAGAGAACCUGUUUAGUCCAAGACAUAAAGAUGGCAUUUUUAUUUUGCAUUGACUAAAUAAAGAUUAAUUAAAAUUGUUUCUCUUAAUUCCAUUACGGCUACCGAACUAUCUGCUAAAUAUUACUUAAACGGCGAAGGAACUAAUAAAUGAACAAGGCUAUUUUCAAAAUUACCAGAAAUAGCCAAUAUUACCAUAGCUAUAAAGCAGCUAAACUUAUUUCAAAAAUGUUAAAUUGUAUUUAACAUGCUUUAUAUAAAAAGUGAACUAUGGCAGGAAACCAGAUACAAACUAAAUUGGCCAAUGAAUUAAAAGCGAGUAAUGAGGAACUUCCGUUAAAUGACCAACUGAGUCAUAAGAGUUGCAACGGAGAACGUCUAAUGAACUAGCGAUAUUCCAGCUAGACUAUAAUAUCCGAGAUUAAUAUUUUAAAUGUCAGUUUGAAUUUGAAAUUUUAAGAAAAAUUGAGUGAAGUAGAUGAAUUGGGACACAUAUUUCAACAAAAUGUAACACAACAUGAAGGAAAAAAAAACAGUAAAAUCAGAGAACAUUUCAAAAUUAAAAUUUAUCUUUUUCUCAUUGACCGAGUUUUUUUAAAUUUAUCAGUUACUUCCAACUGAAAUUCUCAUUAAAGACAUUCCUUUCUAAGAAACUGGUAGGACAAAGUAUUUAUAGUCCAUGCCAGAGUGCCAUCAAAAAUGUCCAAUCAUUUUGACUCAAACCCGCCUCUACUGGACCCUCUGCUUUUAUUGAAAUGGAGUUGCAUUUUGUUGUCAUCAAAUUUCAUUACAUCAAACCAAAGACACGAAGACCCGUCCAAAAUAACACAAAAAAGAAAAAGAAAAACAACAUCUUUAGGAAAAAAAAAAAAAAACACUGACACAAAACAUAAUCUACACACACACAUUCAUACAGUAUAGGCGACAAAGAAAAAAAAAACUACGAAAUCAUGUUUUAGCUAUUUAGGCCAAACUAAAUACACAUUCAGGCAUAGAAGUUUCCGUCAUGAAGUUUAUACAAAACAGAAUUUAUUUUUCUAAAACCGUAAGUCAUCAAAUAGUCGAAGAGUCAGUCGGUCGGUUGGUCGGACGAAUAUUUAUUUUCGAAGGCUAAUGAUGGCGAUUUUAAAUUUUUAAUAUAUAAGGAAAAUAAAACAAAAAACACAUACCGUUUUUAAAAAAAAAAUAAUAAGGACUAAGACAACAACACAGAAACACACACACACACUCUCAAACACUACACAGCUAAAACACACACUCAACGAAAAAUGAAUGGCUUGAUUUCUUUCUUUGUGUUCCGAAUAUUUAAAGCUAAAUCUAUUCAAUUCAAGUGCUUAUUUCAAAUGGGACAAACCACAUAGGUAAAGAAUUCGAAAAUUUCUCUAAACGAUUUAAUAUUUUUUUCUUAAAAUGAUUCCUUUUCCUCAAAUAAAUUUCAAUCCAAAUUAAAAGCAAAAAACUAAACUACAAAACACAAACAAGUAUUGAAACAUUUUUUAAUUGAAUUAAAUCGAAUGAUAAAAAACAAGUAUUAUUGGAUUAUGCUAAGUGAAAAAAAAAAACACAAACAAAAUGAUAAUUACUAACAUUAACAUAAAAAAAUACAAAACAACAACAAUGAUACCCAUAAAAACAAAGGAUACAAUACAACCUUAAUAAGAAAUGCAUGUUACAUUAUAUUACUCGGUGGUCAUAUAACCACACCACCCACAUAUUUAUUAUUAUUAUUAUUAUUCGUAUUAUUAUAUAUUUAUCAUUAUUAUUAUUAAUUAAUUAACUGAUUAUUAUUAUGAUUCUCAAAACGAUCAAAACAUACAAAACAAAGCUUAUCAUUGAAUGUUUUUUGUUUAUGACAUGUUAAGCUUUAUUUAGUUUAUAACGAAAUGCCUACUCCGGAAUUGAGUGCAAUUCGCUAGUUGGGAUUCCUUGUUCUUACAAUAGAAAAAUUGUCAACAUAUUUGAAUCCAGGAUUCAAAAUGAUGAACUUCACGAAAGUAAAAAAAGGCCCAUGAUAAAUAAAAAAUCGUUUAUGUUAUAACAAUGUAAUGUAAAAAGGAUUAAUAAUAUUGGGGGCUAUGAUAUUUAUAUGGUUUUCUAAAAUCAAAAAGUCUUGAUGUUCUUAGGAUUUUAUAUUUUUUCCUUGAAUUCUGCUAGUAACAAAGGCAACAAUUAUUCCCAAGCCUGCAAGAGAUCUCUCUUUACUUAUAUAAAAACUAAAAAGAAAUUUUCCACCCAUGCGUAUGCGUAAUAUGAAUACAAUUUCUGAUCGAGGUGGCGUAUGAUGAAUGAUAAAUUUUGCAUUUCUAAACAAAAGAGUGGAGAGAGGGAGAGUAAUGAAAAGCCAUCAAUUUAAGCAUUACAUGAAGGUUCAAAUGUUCGAGAAGCAGAGAAAGAGAGGCAUGUCUGCUGGUCGUAUAUCAAAAAUGGGACUAAAUUUGUCAGCAGAGGCUCUAUAACUGGUAAAUUAUUGUGAUUGGUUUCGGCGUUCUGCUGCGUGAAAAAAGGAAGAAGGAAUAAAAGUUGCGAAAGAUGAAUGUUGAUAGAUCUUUGUAGAGAAGUAGAAAGGAUAGAGAAAAGCUUCGAACAAAGUUGAGAUGUAAGUUCAGCGCCAGUAAAGUUUUUUUUUCCGAAAUUAUAGGUGAUGACGGGGUCCGUGUCUGCACCGCAAUUCGUUGUACCAGCGUACUUUGAAGCGCCGCUCUCAAAAGAGCAGUUCUAAUGCUCUGUUAAAAAUAACAAAGAGGAGGUUUUAAUAAGUCUCAUUGGCUUUCUCAUGUCCUUCAAUAUUACAACAACCAGGUACCAGAAAAGCCAGUUAGUAGUGUCCAGAUUUCUCAGAACUGUUCUACACCUCGGGGCUGCAUCGAAAUUUAAUGUAGAAGAUUGAAAAGCUUAAAGAGCCUUAAAGGGCCAGUUCAGAUACAUAUGCCGCUUUCAUGAUCUCAAAGAUCUGUGCUUGAAGAACACUGCACUUUCCACACAAAUUGUAUGAGUAUGCCAUUGAUAGUUGCUGACAGAAGAUUCUGAUCCCAUGCCUUUUUCUAUUUUUUUUCUUUUUGUAUAUAUCGGCAGACCGACUAGAGGUAGGUUGACUCGGUUCAAUUAAUCUCUGCUUAGAAUCUGUAGCUCAAUUCUGUCAAACCUCAUGAUUGGAGGUAUAUAGUUACUGUUCCAUUCAUGGGUGUUGAAGUUCAAUUAGCUCUUAGAAAGUCCAAUCAAAAAGUAAUGUAUGGGGUCCUUAUGUUUUUAGCCGGUAGUAGCCGGUGGGCGGACAAAGAAAUUUUUUGUCCUCAUAUUAUACUAUAGGCAGGCAAGAGAGAUUAAGAGAGAUUAACCAAACUGGGAAAGCAUUAGAGUCCGAAGCAAUAGUGUAGGUUUGAAUUACACAUGAGAGGCUUCGCAGAAUGUCACUCUUAGAACUGUAGCAUUACGCCUCCUCAUAUCAGCAAUGGACCAUCUACGUGACGAGAACAAGCUUUUUUCGGUAUAUACUUUGUCUGAGAUGUCUGCGUGGCAGUUUCUGUGAAAGUUAUUCAAAUAGUGAAAACUCUGCAUGAUCUGAAAAAUUAGGUUCAAAAAUAUAAAGAAAACCUCUAGUUAAAAUAGGUUUAUUGAGCCUAUCAAGUCUUGAUGCUGAUGUGUUUCAAAGGCAAUUAUAGCAGCCAAAAACCUUUGCUUCAUAGACAAAAAAGGGGUUUGGCUCAACUGCGUUCAGGAUGAUGUAGCUAUCUCCAUUCGGAUUCUGAAUAGAUCGGUACAAAUAUAUCUGUUCAGAGUAUCGAUAUAACUGCUACGCCGUAUCGUCCCAACUCACACUAGAAUGUCUAUGGCUGCAAAACGAAGGAAGUAGUCAUUUUUAAAUUUCGAAUUGAAGCCCUACCUUGAGUUUCCGAGUUGAUCCUUCAAAAUAAACUGCUACACCUGCGGGCUAAUAAUAGCACCAAACCUUGGACUUGAGUUUCCGAGUUGAUCUUCAAAAUAAACUACUACACCUGCGGGCUCAAAUAGCACCAAGCCUUGGACUUUUCAGCAGCAUGAGUUUCAUAAUAAUUGAAACUGUGGACAUCAGUUUUGUCAUACGAGAGUUAAAAAUUCUGUACCUGUACUGAGAUCAUCUAACUCAUAUUUUGAGUUGCCGACAAAAGUUGGUAACUUUGAAACCCAAAAUUUAGAUAUAAAAAAUAACUUAGAGUUGAGAACAUAGGUAUCUAUGGGUAUGUCUUUUUACCGACUUUUGUCGGUAACUCAAAAAUGAGUUAGAGAAUUCCACUACAGUUUAGGUAAAUGUCAGACAUUGCGGUCCUACUUCUGUAAAUCAGAUUAUUCUUUAGUUUUUUUUUUCCAGUUUUAAAAUUUUAUCCAAAGUGCCCAAAUAUUCCAAGAGAAUAUAAAAAAAUAAAAUAUUUAUUUUUUGAAGAACACUUAAACUUUGUAAACUUUUCCCAACUAGAAAAUGCAUUUCAAUACCGGAUAAUAUUUGUUAGCCUAUAUACCCUGAAACCCUCAUAUUAAAAAUAAAAUCAUAUAAAUGUGUCUUUAAGCAAAAAACCAAAAACAAAUAAAAAAACAACCAUACAAAUAUUUAAUGUUAUUUUGUACAAUUACAAAUAAGUUGCAAAUGAUCAUAUGUUGUCGAAGUGAAGAAACAAAAGAAGAGGAAUGUGAUGAGCAAAGCAGAACAGGAUAAAAGAGAAAAGAAACAACGUUGAGUUUAUUUAAAAUGAAUUUAUUGAUUAUUUAAUAAAAAAAAAAAAAAAAAAAAAAAAAACAAUGGAACUAAAACAUAAUUCUUUAACUAAAUCUAAGUAAAUAAUAAUAAAUGUUUAGCCUUCUUAAAAUAAAACAAAAAAUAAAUGAAAAUAAAUGAAAUGAAAACACAAAACAACCCUCAACCAAAAUAUAUACUCUCAGAUCCAAUAAAUGAUUGAAUUAACAAUGAAAAGUAUUAAUUUGCAACAUUUAUCUACAAACGAACAGAAAUAGAAAACAGAAACAAUAAAUCAAACAUCCAAAAAAAAUCCUUUGAUCUCUUGACAAAAUACAAAAUUGUUUUAAAACAAAGCGACAGAACACUUAUUGAAAAUUCACACAGCCCAGCAUAGAAAAAACAAAUCAUACAUCCCUUCCAUAACCUUUUUAACUAAACUCGAAAUUUAGUUAGUUCUAAAGAAAUAGCAUCACAAUAAAUAAAUUUAAUGAGCAGAUCAAUCCCGAGGAAUCGCAUAGAUUUCAAUUAAAAUUUUGAAAAUCAAAGUUUUCAACAAAUUAAUCAGAAUCUAUUCUCCAAGGGACAGCAAACUUAGUCUCGAACCGCAGUGCCGAGAAUGAAAAACAAAACCGUAAUAGCAGAAAGAAGCACAUACAUACAAACAUACAUAUAUAUAAACAAAUUGCAUAACUACAACUACAUAAAAACCAAUAAACGAAAUCUAAAAAAAAAUACAACAACUUCAAUUUAUAUGAAUGUCUCUUUCAGAAAAAAAAAGCAAAAAACAAAGAAAAGUAAAACACAAAAUAAACAUUUUUUUUAGUUUUUAAUUAACAACAAAUAGGAAUUUAAUAAAUUGACACUUGAAAAAUAAAGGAUACUUUUUAGCUUGGUAAAGGCAAAAGUAAGAAAAACUGAAAAUGUAUAAUCACAACUUCAGAGAAAUGAAAAACAAAUCAACACCAAGAAAAACCAUCUUAGUAUUUACCACAGCUUGAAUAAGACAAACCAAAUCCCCAACUAAAAAAAACCUUCAUAUAGGAAACUAAAAACCAAAUAAAUUAAAUAAAACAUUUUAAUACUUUAUAGCCAAUAAGCCCACAAAUACAAAAUUUGAAAAUCCCUUUUGAAAAGAAACCAAAAAUCCAAAUUAAGAAACACUCAACACAAAACCAAAAUGAAUUUACUUAAAUAGUGAGCUUUUUUUAACAAAAAAAAAUGAAUUCCCCCUUACCCAGAAAAUUAAAGAACAUUGAAGACACCCUCUCAAUGAAACGUGGACACUCCCCAAAAAAAUAAAUCUACUUAAAAAGAAAACAUAAAAAUGAAUAAUGAAAUCGAACUAAGCCUUCAGGACAUUCAAGAGAAAAGGCUUUUUUAUUACUAGUCAUAACUAAAUGUGAGCUGAUCGAUCAAUGAAGAUCACUAAUUAAAAGAACAUAAUAAUAAAAGAAAAUGAAAAACAAAUACAACAACAACAACUUCAAGUGACAUCUAAUAAGCUAUAAAAGUAAUGAGAAAAAAACAAAAA